CCAUUGUUCCCGCCGCGCGCUCCUUGCACCGUUGGGGCGGUAGUCCCCUGUCCCUCCUCGUCUGUUCCAGGGAGGAGCCUCGAAGUGUGUAUCUUGAAACAUAGCCCCAACUAGAGGGUACCUUUAAAGCUAUUCAAGGUCAAGAUGAAUGUAGACUUCAAGGAGGUUUUAUCCCUGGAUGUUCACGUUCCCGAAGUAUGGGAAGAGUGUCUGACAAUGAAAGUGGAGGCAGAAAGUCACCUUCAAAAGCAGGAAUACAGACUAAAACGCAAUAAUCCACUGGCAAGGGAAAUCUUCCGAAGGCACUUUCGGCAACUCUGCUACCAGGAGACCCCUGGACCAAGAGAGGCUCUUACCCGACUCCAGGAACUUUGCUACCAGUGGUUGAGGCCACAUGUGAGCACAAAGGAGCAGAUUUUGGAUCUGCUGAUACUGGAGCAGUUCCUGUCCAUCCUGCCCAAGGAGCUCCAGGGCUGGGUGAGGGAACAUUGUCCAGAGAGUGGGGAACAAGCUGUGAUUUUGCUGGAGGAUCUGGAGAGAGAGCUCGAUGAACCACAACAUGAGAUGGUAGCUCACAGACACAGACAAGAAGUCCUCUCUAAAGACAUAGUGCCACUAGGAGAACAGACAUCACUGAGCCUUCAGUCCCAGCCUAAGGAACCCCAGCUCACAUGUGACCCUGCUCAGGAAGCCCAUCCUACUGGAGAGACAGAUGAAAUGACCAAGACUGAGGACAGACAGUUGGUGCUAAGGAAAGACUGUCCUAAGAUAGUAGAACCACAUGGGAAAAUAUUUCAUGAACAGACCUGGGAGAUAUCACACCAGGAUCCCCAACAUGGAGAAGUUGGUGAAUGUAAGGGUCUGAUAGAGAGACAGUGGGGAAACCCCUUAGGAGAGGGGCAACACAGAUGUGGUGAAUGUGGGAAGAUCUUUGCUCAGAGCUCAGGUCUCAUUCGACAUCAAAGAAUUCACACAGGAGAAAGACCCUAUGAAUGUAAUGAGUGUGGGAAAACCUUCAGUCGGAGUUCUGGUCUUUUUAAUCACCGAGGAAUUCACCACAUACAGAAACGGUACCACUGUAAGGAGUGUGGAAAGGCCUUCAGUCAGAGUGCAGGUCUUAUCCAGCAUCAGAGAAUCCACAAGGGAGAAAAGCCCUAUCAAUGCAGCCAGUGCAAUAAGAGCUAUAGUCGGCAUUCAUUUCUUAUUGAGCAUCAGAGAAGCCACACAGGGGAGCGACCUCACCAGUGCAUUAAAUGUGGGAAAAGCUUUAAUCGCCACUGCAACCUCAUCCGCCAUCAGAAGAUCCAUACAGUGACUGAGCUAGUCUAGUCUUUGCUAUACCAAGUUUUCCAAAUCACUGGCCAGGUCAUGUUGGGUAGGGUAAGGCUAGAAAAUGUCUCUUUCUUCCUGUCUCCAUUAAACGUGUUUGAAACAAUUACUGACUAUGGUCCAGGGACUUCCUAAGAGAAAAGUUUGGGUUUUUGAAGCUGCUGCAUUCCCUUUUGUUUGUUUACCCCUUUCCUAUUCUUAUGAGCCCUGUCCCUCAUAUUUAUUCUCUUUGAGAUGGCUGCUAAGCCCUCCUAAUAAUGUAAUAAAUGG